GCGCUUCCGGUGCCGGGUGAGCGGGGGCGGCGCGCGGGCAGUCAUGGCGGAUCCUCCGGGGGCGGCUGAGGCCGGGGCGCGGCAAAAAGAAAAACCAAAACCCAGAAACAAAAAGAAGGCUGCGGCAGUUGAUGAAUCUGAACUUCUCACUGUGCCGGAUGGAUGGAAAGAGCCAGCCUUUACAAGAGAGGAUAAUCCGAAAGGGCUGUUAGAAGAAAGCAGUUUUGCAACAUUAUUCCCGAAGUAUAGAGAAGCAUACUUGAAGGAGUGCUGGCCACUUGUCCAGAAAGCCUUGAGUGAACAUUUUGUGAAUGCAGCGCUGGAUCUAAUUGAAGGAAGCAUGACUGUCACUACCACUAAGAAGACUUUUGAUCCAUAUGCAAUCAUUAGAGCUAGGGAUUUAAUAAAACUUCUUGCAAGAAGCGUUCCAUUUGAACAGGCAGUUCGUAUCCUUCAGGAUGAUGUUGCAUGUGACAUCAUUAAAAUAGGCUCUCUGGUGAGGAAGAGAGACACUUUUAUAAAAAGAAGAGCACGACUUCUUGGGCCAAAAGGCUCUACUCUGAAGGCCCUGGAACUGUUAACAAACUGUUAUAUUAUGGUGCAGGGCAACACUGUUUCAGCUCUUGGACCCUUUAGUGGGCUGAAAGAGGUUAGAAAAGUUGUUUUGGACACAAUGAAGAAUAUACAUCCCAUAUAUAACAUUAAGACUUUGAUGAUCAAAAGGGAAUUAUCAAAAGAUCCUGAACUGAGGUCUCAAAGUUGGGAAAGAUUUUUGCCUAAGUUCAAGCGGAAGAACUUGAAAAAACGGAAGGAGCCAAAGAAGAAAAAUACUAAGAAGGAGUACACACCGUUCCCACCUCCGCAGCCAGAAAGCCAGAUUGAUAAAGAAUUGGCAAGUGGUGAAUACUUUUUGAAAGAAAGACAGAAGAAACGAAAGCGAAUGGAAGAGAUAAAGGCAAAGCAAGCUGAUGCAGUCAAGAAAAGGCAAGAAGAAAGAAAUAAAGCUUUUAUCCCACCAAAGGAAAAGACAGUUGUGAAAACAAAGAAAGCCUCCACUGAGAAAAAAAUUGAUAUUGAAGCCAUCAAGGAAAAGGUUAAGAAUGCAAAGAAGAAGAAAUUAGGAGCACUUCCUGUGGAAGAAGUAAAGUUAAAAAUGGCAGCUGAUGAAAAGAAAAAAAAGAAAAGGAAGUAAUUCACCAUCCAAGUUGCUCACUUUUCUCCUAUGUUAAUGAACAUUUUCACACUUGGAAGAUUUCAGACUUCUUGCUGUCAGUAUAAUCUGGACAAGAAAAGACUAGGUAGAAAGGUCAUUCUCUUUUCAUAAGUACAGUUUAAUUAGUGGAUAUAAAGCAGCUGUGCAAAGUUGCUAAGGCUGGUGAAGAGAAUCUGUGCUGCUAAGUAAGAGAAUGCAUUUGGAUAGUAUCCAUCUGUGAAAAGGGAAGGUUUCAUAAUAGAAACAUUUAGGAGUUCGAUGCAGGUUGUCAGGGUUGGAGACCUAGGUGGGAGUUUAAGGUUAUUCUUCUGUGAAAGACUACCAGACUAUAUACAGCCUCAGUUAUGGUGAUAACUUUUGCAAAACAGGCAAGGUUUCUUACUAUAUUAUGCUUUUGUUUCUGUAAAAGCUGAUGAUUUUUGUGUGUCUUGUCUUGGUGUUAAUAAAGUAUUUUAAUACAUUGUUCUCAAAUAA